AUGUUGAAUUCCCACGCCGUCUUGCGGAUAUUAACGUUGAUUGUUUCGUUAAAGUAUUUUGUCAUAGUCAAUGAAUUCAUCUCUGAUGUAACUAGUUCAUUUUCUUCUACUGCAAACUCUUCAAUGGGUGUUCAGCUGAAAUUUAUUCUUGAAAAUUUAUUGAGAAUCGAGAAUGAUGUUCAGAAAAAAGAAGAGACCAAAGUAGCCGUUGGGAUCGGAAGCUGCAUUGAUGUGAUCUUACCUGCUCUGAAGGUCAUGGACAAACUCAGAGCAACCCAAAAAUGGGAGGAGCCAUCCCAAGUUAACCACGCCCACAUUGGCAGCAUCGAAGACUUUUACGAAACUUUCGCUUAUUUUUUUGCAAGAGGAGCUUCAGCAGGCCGCUACGUUACUGACCAGACUCUGUUUGACCACAUCUAUAAAACUGCCCAAUCCUCGAAUCCGCUCGUCAAACUGGGGAGUAACGCACCUGUCAUGGCCAGGAGAUUUCUGAAAGAGAAUGUGAGUGUCAUGCUGUUAUCAGAUGUCAUGACGUCAUCGUCUACGUCAUCGUCGUCGUCAUCAUCUAAUAACACGAGUGGCAGUGCUACUCUCAACGAUUUGUCGGGGGAUAUUCAAAUUAUAAGCUCUGGAGUUGAGCCCAGAGAAGUUCAUAUAAUUCUCGAGUACAAGCUAGGCGAAAGACUGGCCUCACUAUCAACUCCAAGAGCUAACAGAUUCAUAUUGUAUAGAAAAUCAAAAGACAUUCCCACGUCCAUGUUCAAUGUUUAUUACGAUAGCAUCGUCACCUUCAACCCAGACCUAUUUGUUGUUGGAGGUAGAAAUGGUUUAGAAAAUUUAGAGAAGUUACUGAAAGAUUUGAACAUGCAGACGAUGAUACACGCUGAGCUGUCAUCUUUUUCGGAGAGGAAGAAGUUAAUCUCCAUCAUCACCAACGUCCUAUCCCACGUGAAUUCAAUUGGAAUGAACGAGCAGGAACUACCAAAUUUGCGACAGUGCCUCGAAAUUAUAUUAAAGAAUCCAAGACAACAUUUAACCAGCAUUACAUCAAAAAACAAUUCAAAAGCAUCUAGUAGCAGCGAAAAUGUUAACCAGGUUUCACUGGAUAAUGGAAAAAUAUAUUGCGAUGAACCAUCAAACUUUGGCGAAAAGUUCACAUUAGUGACUGAUACACGCCCGGACCUUGAGAAGGUGCUGAUGGAUCUGAGGGCAGUGGUUAAACUCUCUGCUGAUUUACAUCGUUUGAUGGGUGACUUCAAUCAGCAUGAAAAAGAUUGUAAAAAUUGUGGCUAUGAAUCGAGAGGGAAUAACGACAAUUCUGUAAGCGCAAGUAAUACCGAAAUAGAAACUAAGAAAGAAAGUGUUUCGAUGGUAAGACGCACAAGAACGCUUUCAAGAAUUCAUUUUCACACGUUAGCGUUCCAUGUUGUGGCCACCGAAUAUUCUAGAAAAUUCAACGAAGAUGAUCAGACAAAUGGGAUGAAUCUUAAUGAAGACGCUUCAAAGUUUAAACGUUGGCGAAACAUAAAAUCGGCAGCUGCAAAAUCGUCCCUGACGGCCAACAGACACACGUGUGGCUCUGAAACGAUCGACAUCAACAAUGCUAUGUUGAUCUUUAAUUUGAAUUCAACCUGGACCGUUACGAAUAGCAAAGGUGUAAAAGUGAACUUAACUCUCAACUCUUACGACCCGGUGACAUGUUGGAAGGAAAGGAUCGUUUCAAAAUUGGAUAAUAUGAAAAAUUUUCAGACAAACGCAAGUUUUGAGAGAUCGAAUCCGAUACUAAACUACAUAAAAUCACCAAAUUUGUGCACCACUUCGACAAAAUUUCAAAAUGAGUGUUUCAAGAAUGAUACAAAUAGCAGUGCGAACCUGAACGCCUGUAUCAACAACGAUUGCACACAUAACAGUAGCAUCAAUAACAAUUAUUAUAGUAAGAAUCGCAUCAAUAAUAAUUACAUUAAUAAUAAUUAUAAUAGAAAUAAUUAUGAUGAAAUUAUUUGGGAGUUCUGCUUCGUUCCUGUGAUUGUAUGUAAGAAAGUGAAACAAACCGUAGGCGGGGGUGACAACAUCUCUUCCGCUGGACUGGUGCCUCAGUUGUAA